AUCAUCCCUCUGUCCUUCAAGUUUCAAUCCACAAACCACAAAUCAUCCUCUGUUAAUUAUAACCCACAUCCCUCAAACACAGUACUCCGUACUUCAUACUGCCUCUGCCCUUGAGCUUCUGUCCUAUCCCUUAACACACAACACAAUCGCCCAUUCACAAAGCACAAAUCAUCAACUGUUUAUUAUUACCCACAUCCCUCAAAAACAUAGUUCAUACUUCAUACUGCAUUCACCUUUGAGCUUCCGUCCACUCCCUAAACACAACAACAUUGCCCAUUCACAAACCUUAAAUCAUCAUCCUUUAUUAUUUCCCAGUUACCCUCAUCUCCCAAAAUAUUACUCUUACUUCAGCGCCUCUGUUCACUCCAUUAACACACAACAAAAUCGCCCUUUCACAAACCAUAAAUCAUCAUACAUUAAUUAUUUCCCACAUCUCCAAAAAUUUCCAAGCUUUUCCCAAAAAUACACACACACAAACACAAAAAAAAAUUAUUUACACACAAAAUAACUUUUUAGCCAUCCAUCCAAAAAUUCAUCACAAAACCACAGGAAGAUACAGUGUCCAUUAGUCAACCAAGAGAGACAAAAACUAAAGACAACGGGAGAUCAGAAAAGGGGUAAGAUGGCUGAGGAUGCAAUAGUUGAUCUUGUUAUGAAGAAAUUGAUUAAAAAAGGACAUGGAGCAAUCAUGUCUGCAAUAAACCUUGAAUCCGAGGUGAAAAAGCUCCAGAAUACAAGGACUCUCAUUGAAGCUACACUCCUUGAUGUGGAUUCAAUGUCGGAGCAUUACAGCCCUGCUCAACUAGACUCAUUUCAGAAGCUCAGUUGUGAGCUUGAUCGGUUGCAUGACUUUUCAGAUGUCAGAGCUACAAGAGAAUUGCAGAAACAAGUCAUGGACGGAAAUAAAUACAUAAAUGAGGCACGGUUGUUCUUUACUGCAUCAAACCAGCUUGUUGCACGAUUUAAAGAUGCUCGGAAAGUCAAGGAUAUUAGGAAGAAACUUAAUUCCAUUACAAUUGACCAUGCUCAGAUCGGUAGCAUUAACUGCAUGCCAACUGCAAGUCAAACACGGGUGUUGAAUGGGUCAUCUCAGGAUUUCGUCUCCAAUAUGGUCAUUGGGAGAGAUGGAGAUAGGGAUUACAUUGUAAACAUGCUGUCUGAAGACUCCAUUGCCGCAAUCCCCUCUGUUACCUCAAUUGUUGGGAUUGGCGGACUGGGAAAAACAACACUGGCUUGGUACGUGUAUAAGGAUGAGAGGGUCAAGAGCUGUUUUGAUGUUCAGUUCUGGGUUCCGGCAAAUCAACAUUUUGAUUUCAGGAAGGUGUUAGAGAAGAUAAUAACAUGUGGUACAGGGGAAUUGCCUACCAAUAUAUGUGACAUGGAUCAGCUCUAUCAUCACUUUCGCACAGCAAUUCGUGGGAAGAAGUUUCUGCUAGUUUUGGAUAACAUUUGGGAUAAUGACAGUCUGAGACAGAAGUGGGCUAAUCUAAAAAGCCUGCUAAAAUGUGGGGCUGAAGGAAGUAAGGUUCUCCUUACUACACGUAAUCAUAAAGUUGCAGAAAUCAUUGAUUCCGCCAAUCUUUACCACCUUCGGGAAUUAACAGAAGAUGACUCAUGGCUUCUCUUUCAAAAGAUUGCUUUUACACAGUGGCAGGAUCCAGGUGUGAAGGAAAUUGGGAAGGAAAUUGCAAACAUGUGUCCAAAUCUGCCCCUUGUUAUACAAAGUAUAGGCAGCCUCCUGGCAGGGAAAGGUACAGUUCAGGAAUGGCAGGCCUUUAGAAAUGAUCAGCUUGCAAGUUUUGCUUGUUAUGGGCGUGACGUUAUGCAUACGCUUAAACUUAGCUAUGACCAAUUGGAUGCAAGACUGAAGCUUUGUGUUACUUAUUGCACCUUGUUCCCAAAGGGGGAUUCAUUUCAUUUAGAUGAAAUGAUCCAUCGUUGGAUUGCUUUGGAGUAUGUUGAGCCAAAAUACGGGAGCCAAAGCUUGGAGGAAGCAGGGGAAGAAUAUAUGAUCAGCUUGAUAAAUGUUGGGUUUUUCAGUUUCAGUAUGCGUGAUGACACUGAUUAUGCACAAGGAACGAUAAUGCAUGAUGUGAUGUUUGAGCUUGUUCUCUCUCUAGCUGGGUUCAAAUACAAGGUGGCAGAUUCAAACACAGAUAAAAUUGACGAAAGGGUUCGUCAUCUAUCUAUCUGUAAAGUGGCUGAGGACUCAUAUUGGGAAGUGCCUUCAUCGCUUUUCAAAGUCAAACACCUACAAUCCUUCAUCAGAGGCAAUUCUACGUUUGGUGGUAAAAUAAAGGUACGAAAUUUGUCCAUGUGUGAUAAAUUAAUUUCAAGAUUUAAAAGUUUAAGGGUACUGGACCUAAAUGGGAUGGGGAUAAAGGAACUGCCAACAUCUCUAGGUGACUUGACCUGCUUGCGGUUUCUAAAUUUGUCUGAAACUGAUAUAGUGAAACUCCCAAAAACAAUCACGAAGCUAGUGCAUUUACAAUCACUCUACUUACGUUGCUGUUAUCACCUUGUAGAGUUGCCCAAGGAUAUGAGCAAGUUGGUGAAUCUGAGACACCUUUUGUUAAAUAAUAGUUUCCAAUUGAGUCAUAUGCCCACGGGAUUAGAGAAAUUGACAAAUCUUAGAACAUUAGACGUGUUUAUAGUGAGUAAAGAGAUGGCUAAUGUGGGAAAAUUAGCAGAUUUAAAUCGGCUCAAUGAUCUAAGUGGAGAGUUGAGUAUCAAUCUGUACAAAGAGUCAAAGGAUAUAGUUUCAUCAGAGAUUAACUUGAAGUUGAAAGAGAAGUUGAGGACGUUGUCUAUAAGCUUUUAUUCUGCCACAAAAGAGGAUGAGAGGGUGUUAGAAGCUCUCCAGCCUCCUUCUAAUGUGACGGUCCUCACAAUAUACGGCUAUGGAGGGGAGAGGUUACCAGGGUGGAUGAUGGAUGGUCAGCUAGAGAGUCACCUUUCAAAUUUGGUUAAAAUUAAUAUAACCGGUUGUAAAGGCUGCAGGUAUCUCUGCUCAUUGGGAAGGCUCCCUCAUCUCAAAAGUCUUUAUUUUUGGGGGUUAGAUAAUGUGGAGUACAUAGAGGAAAGCACUAGUAGCGGCAAUGCUAAUAGUAAUGCCAACGUUGGGAAUGAGUCACCCUUAUUCCCCAGCCUUGAGACACUCUCAGUUUACCAAAUGCCAAAAUUGAAGGGAUGGUGGAGGAUGUGGUCAAGUGAUGAGCAAGAUUCAAGAGAGGUUCUCGAGGUUCAACAACAUCAGCUUAUAGAUUGGAAGCCUGCAUUUCCCAAGUUAAAGAGUCUAACAGUGGACAAUUUGGAGUUGGCAAUUGUAAUCGCAAGGCAGCACUUGGGGGGCUUAACAUCUGUUGAAUUUCUCUACAUUUACAAUAUCUUUGGUAAUCCUCCUCAGCAACGACAAGCACUUACCUUCCUAAACAGCUGCUUUCCCAACAUACGCACUUUGAAUUAUUCUAUUGAUCGCGAGUUAGUGGUUCUUCCAGAUAAUAUUCGAGAUUUACCUUUCCUGGAAACAAUCGGCAUCUACGAUUGUGAUAAGCUCAAGGCAAUACCAGAAUGGAUUGAAAGCCUCACCUCCCUAACAACACUUAGUUUGUCAUACUGCCCAAGAUUGGAAUCACUGCCACGACAAAUAAGUAACCUCCCCAACUUGAUGACACUUUCAAUUCAAGAAUGCCCCAUACUCGAGGAGAGGUGCAAGAGCCCAAAUGGAGAUUACUGGCCCUUUAUUCAACAUAUUCCUUACCUAUACACCUCUGAAAGGCUCUGAGAAACUAUUUUCUUGUACUCAACUGUCUCUUCUUUUUUAUUUCUUUUUUUAAUCCCUACUCCCUCCCUAAUAGCUGCAUCUCAGUUCAUGCCAUGAGCUAUUAGUAAAAUUCAUAUUUUAGCGUUUUGUACAAGAAUUAAGAGCUUUUUAUUUUCUUUAUUUUCAUUCUUAUUACAUUUAAAGCUCAU